AUGAUCGUAUCUCAAGUCAUAGCGGCCGUACAGGCUGCCUUGGCUCGUGAGAAGAUUGUGUUUUGCGUUGUCGAAGAAGUUGCGUUGAAUUACUACAAUGUGCCUCGGAUACUCAAUACCCUGGGUAUUUGUGUCCCGCAUUCGCAGCUAGAUGCUGCCACCAAGCUGAUCAAUGCCCACAACGAUGUUUUCGUACGCACAGCAUGGACCGAUCAACACGCUGACUGGAAGAAGCCAUAUCCUCGCUUUGAAGCAUUUAUUGAAGAAGACUACCUGACUCUUGUCAUAUUUCCUGACACGCAUUUCCACCUUCAACCGCUGAAGCAUUCAAUAGUUGACCGUUCUGCAUACAGUUCAGCUCGUCCUUUCUUUAGCAACGAGUUCAACUUCUCCACCGAUAUCUCCGAGCUAUCCAGGAUCCCUAUCCCUCGUCUGUCAUCGCUCUUGCAGGGACUGCUGAGGAGGUUUUGUGAAACGGAAGAUAUCUACUGUGCUGUCUGCGUGGAGCAACUGGUUGAUGGAAUGGUGUUGAGUGAAGCCUGGUGCAACACGCAUCUCGACCCUGGUCGAGAAGAAGAGCUGAAAUACGUGAUCGGCGUGAUAGGAACCAGGCCACAACGUCAAAAUCUAUUUUUGGAGAGCGAUUAUCUCUGUCAAGAUGAACGAGAAUUGAUGAAGAUCCCAGGUACGCAAGAGCCGCUUCACGACCGGGAAACAAGCAGCCAAAACGGUCGAUCUUGGAAAUCAGCCUUUCAACGGGCUUGCUUAGUCGCCCUCGCUCUUUUCCGAAGCACAAUAUCUCGCCUGGCACCCCACAAACACUCGGUAUCACUUCAAUAUAUGUCAGAUCUUCAUCUGGAGAGCCAGCAAACUUACGACUUUGAGAUCCCUCGAGCGUCGCCGUAUUUAGUCCUGGCAGGCGAUAUUGGCCGUCUCAAGGACUAUGGCAAAUACCUGGAGUUUCUCACCAUACAAUGUCAACGGUUUUGGCGGGUUUUUCUCGUCCUUGGAAACCACGAAUUCUAUGGCAUCCUCAGACAGGAAGGGCUCGAAGCGGCCCGGUCGUUGGAGCAAGAGCCAUGUCUAGGGGGCAAACUGACGGUUUUGAACAGAACCAUGUUCCGCCUGAAUCGAAGAAUAGCCAUCCUCGGAUGCACGUUGCACACGUCUAUACCAAGCGAGUCCGAGUUGUGGGUCAGAAUGAAAGUUGCGGAUUUCAGCCACAUCGGUGACUGGACUGUGGAAAGCCACAACGCAGAACACUACCGAGAUACUGAAUGGCUCAGGACAUGCGUACAGGACGUUACGCAAGCAAAUUCGGAAAGCAAGAUCCUUGUCGUUACGCACCAUGCUCCAGCCCUCAAAAACACAUGCGACCCGAAAUAUUUGUCCAACCCUUGGAAUUCUGCUUUUUGUUCCGACAUCCUCAAAUCUCAAAUUCCUCAUUGGAGUGGCGCCAAAAGCAUUCGAUGCUGGAUAUUUGGUCACACACACUGGUCCACCCAAUUUUUGUAUCGUGGCACCGCCGUCUGCAGCAAUCAACGAGGGGUCCCGCGAGUCCAGCAAGUCCCGCAACAGCUGAAGACGCAAAAUGAGAUCUGGCUGAAGAGAAUUUUGCCCCGUGGCUGUAGACAGAGUCAAAAGGAAUUCCUGGUGACAAGGUCGGUCAACCUAUAG